GUUAACUGCUACUGUAUCUCGGUACUUCUACACUUCACCGGUUGUUUGCUAGAGGUAACUAUCUUGAAAUGUUAGCAAAGCUAGAUAAACCUCGUGCAAAUACAGAUUAAUUUGUUUCGUCUGGUGCACAUGACACUUCACUUGCCUGGAGCCACCUAUCCGUUGAGUUAGGACUUCUAGCUAGCUAAAUGUCAACUGAAACUGAGCAACCACCCAGCUCCGGAAACAAGGUCGCAAAAAGCAGCUGGAAACUACUACAUGUCGAGGGCGACUUGUUUUCCUCCCCGGAAGAUGAGGCACUGGCCCACUGUAUCAGCAAGGAUUGCCGCAUGGGGGCUGGCAUUGCUGUCAUGUUCAAAGAUAAAUUUGGAGGAGUAGAGGAACUGAAGAAACAACGUGAGUUUGGGGCUGAAUGGAGACUUUUAAAGACCACGUGUGAGAUGUCUAAAAUACAUACAAUGUCACAACAAUCUUUUACAGAAAAGGAGCCUGGACAUUGUGCUGUAUUAAAAACAGACACACGUUAUGUAUACUACCUGAUUACAAAGGCUAAGGCCAGCCAAAAGCCCUCAUACAAAAGCCUCAAUAUGAGCCUGAAGGACAUGAGGUCUCAGUGUAUUCAACAUGGGGUAACCAAGAUAUCUAUGCCGCGAAUUGGCUGUGGCCUUGAUCGACUAAAAUGGGAGAAAGUGUCUGAGAUUCUGCAUCAGGUCUUCCAACACACAGACAUCUGCAUCACUGUGUACACCCUUCCUGAGAAACCAGAAGCCAAGGAGAAACCACUUCUACAAUAGAUACCUUUGUCAACAAAAAGAAUUAACUUUCUAUCUGCAGGGGCUUUUGGAUUAGUUUUCCACAUUAAUUUUGUCUAUGUCUUAAAGUCAAAUUUUCUUUUUUAUAAUAAAGGCAAUUGUGUUAUGGGCAUUGAAUCAAGGAUGUGUCAAACUCACUACGCAUUGCAUCUCAGGACCACAUUUGAAAAUGGGGUAUAUCUUUUGACGGUUUUGCUUAAGAAUAGUUGCACAAUGUACACUAGCAAACUCUUUUUCAAUUAAUGUGUCCUAUAUUUUGUCAUUUGUUUUCCACUAAAUAAAUAAAUAUACUUCUAUUUAAACAGAAUUAUUUUGUUUCAAGGAUAUAAAUAUAUAUUUUUUAUACACAUAUUGACACAUUUCUGGAAUGAUAGUGUAGUGCCUGUGAUGCAGCAGGUGAUGACAGUUUUUCUUUGGUUUUGGUACCUAUAUUAAUCACAAUUGAAAUUCUCAAAAGUACAUGUUCAACUUCCACAUCAUCUAGUCACUUAGGCACAUCAAAAAGCUAUUUCUCAUUCUUUUAAACAAAUUGUCAGUGAUCUGGUACAAUCAUGAAAAUGAUGUGGCCAACAAUUUUCUGCUGUUUCCUACAUUAUCAAUUGCACAUGUCAUGUUGAUAAAAUGUCAUACUGUAUGUUCUGUUAAA